AUGCCACACUCGACGGUUGUGAUUUUAAUUGGUGUUUUAUUGUUAUCGAUCAAGUUCAAGGUUGACGGCGUGUACGGAAGGAAAAGUGAGCCUACGCUAGGGAAUUUAAUUGAUUUCAGUCGUUGGAUUGGCUUAGAGUACGGAAAUCCGGAACCGGAUCUUCUCGAAUCGUAUGACUUCAUUGUGGUCGGUGCCGGGCCGGCUGGAAUUGUGGUUGCGAAUAGAUUAACCGAAAAUUCCUCGGUAACGGUGCUGUUGUUAGAAAUUGGAAAAGCAGAAAUUCCCAUGAUCCAGCAAGUGCCGGGAUUAUUUUUUACCCAAGCAGCUACGGAUUAUAAUUUCGCAUACCUGACAGAAAAACAAUCUAAAGCCUGUUUGGGAUUGAUUGAUCAGCGUUGUGCUUGGCAUCAAGGCAGAGGUCUUGGUGGAUCGACCAUUAUUAAUGACAUGCUGUACACUCGAGGAAAUAGAAGAGAUUUCGAUUAUUGGAAUGCUACCGGAAAUCCAGGCUGGAGCUAUGAGGAUGUAUUGCCAUAUUUUUUGAAAACUGAAGAUGCUGAUUUAAGGGACUUCGAUCGGAACGGUUUUCACAACAAAGGGGGUUAUCUUCCGGUUCAGGAUGCUGCUUAUAGAUCACCGUUAGCUGAUGCAUUUGUGAGAAGUGCAAAGUUGGUUGGGCUUCCUUACGUCGAUUAUAAUGGUGAAGAACAAUAUGGAGCCUCUUACGCUCAGUUUACUAUGAAAAAGGGUCGAAGAAUGUCUGCAGGAGCAUCAUUCCUACAACCUAUUAAAAGAAGAAAAAAUCUUCACAUUCUAACCAAAGCUUGGGUUACUAAAGUGAUAAUCGAACCGAAAACUCUCACAGCCGUCGGAGUGGUCUAUACCAGAAACAAACAAAGUUUUGCAGUGAAGGCCAAUCGUGAGGUAAUUCUUUCUUCAGGUGCAUUUGGUAGCGCAAAACUUUUAAUGUUGUCUGGAAUAGGACCUAAGAACCACUUGGAGGAACUAAAAAUUGAAGUUUUGAAAAGCUUACCGGUUGGUGAGACUUUAUUCGAUCAUCCUGCAGCUUUAGGACCGAUAUUCACUGCUUCUAGAUUACAAGAUGACAACAAAAACGAUCAAACAAUGCUGACUGUAACAAAUUUUUUAAAGUAUCUCAUGGGGAAAGGUCCCUUUUCUUCAGCAGUUGCCGAAACGUUUGCAUUCUUUAGAACACCUUUCGCUAUUUACGCAGAUCCGGAAUGGCCAGAUGUUGAAUUGGUUCAAUUGUUUCUCAGCCCGGGAGACGAUCGAAGUCCUGCAACACAGAAUUAUUUCAGAAUCAAUAACGAGACUCUGCAAAAAUUCUUCAAACCUCUAUAUAACAAACGAGCCUUCAUGUAUCUUCCAGUGGUAUUACACUCAACCACCAAAGGAAUGGUUCGUUUGAAAUCCUCAAACCCAUACGAUCAUCCGGUAUUUAAAUAUCAAUACUUUGCGGAUGAGCGCGAUCUUGAUACGUUAGUUUACGCAAUGAAAGCUGCUGUGAAGAUUUCGUACCAAAAACCUUUCCGUGAUAUGGGGGUCGAGCUAUAUCGAACGAAACUUCCUGGCUGUGAACACUUCGAGUUCAAUACGGACGAUUAUUGGAGGUGUCAUGCAAUGACAUUGACUUAUGUGGGUUAUCAUUUUGUUGGGACAAACAAAAUGGGACUAAAUUCCGAUCCAACCACUGUCGUAGAUCAUCGCCUGCGAGUUCAUGGGGUUCAACGGUUACGUGUCGUAGAUGCUAGUAUUAUUCCCGUAGCACCGAGUGGACACACCAUGGCUUAUGCUUACAUGAUCGGUGAAAAAGCAGCUGAUAUGAUAAAACAGGAUAAUUACCGGUAG